UGUCUGCUCCUCCUCCUCCUCGCUGUGGUGUGUUUUCUCUUCAUGUACAGAACAGAAACCGGAGUUGGAGCUUUAGUUUGCUGUUGGUCAUCAUGUCGAGUUCCCGCACAAUGCAGUACAUCGGCCUCCUGCUGCUCGCCGCCAUCCUGCUGCAGACCAUCGCUGUGGCCGUCACCUUCAUCUACUUCAGCAAUGUUCUGAACACGAUGAAGGAGACUUUUUCCAAAAGCAGCGUGUCGUGUCUGAUGCGUUCGAACCUGCGCACACUGAAAGGUUCUGAUCCGAGCAGCUCGGAGGGAAAGGACGACCCCUGCUGGCAGGUCACACAACAGCUCCACUUCCUCAUCGAGAAGUCGAUGUCUAAUCGCUACCAGGAAGAAAUCUCCUCAGCAGUUAAAGAUGAAGUGACCCGAGUUCUUCCCUCACUGGCGGUUCAGGACCAGGACACUGCUUCACGACCCAAGAUUGCUGCCCACGUCACGGGCAGUUACACGCAGGACUCAGACAAGGAUGUUGGAGGUGCCUCCAACAGGAAGGUGUACGGCCAAAAAAUUCAGUCGUGGGAAUCCGAGAAAGGUCUGGCCUUCCUCCAGAACGUGGAACUGAACGACGGAGAGCUGGUGGUGCCGCAGCCCGGACUGUACUACAUCUAUUCUCAGACAUAUUUCAAGCACACGCUUAUAGAGGAAGAGGAAGAAGAGGAACAGGAGGAAGAGGAGGGAGCAGCCAGGGGAAAGCCCAUGCUGCAGUAUGUAUAUAAAAAAGUGGGAUCUUAUCCGGUGCCAAUCCUACUGAUGAAGAACGCAAGGACGACCUGCUGGUCCCGGGACGCUGAGUUCGGCCUGUACUCCAUCUACCAGGCGGGACUUUUCCAGCUUGGAGGCGGAGACAGGCUGUUUGUAACUGUCAGUAACGUGAGCACCAUUGAAAUGGACGAGAAGUCAAGCUUUUUUGGUGCUUUCUUGGUCAGUUAGGUCCAACAUACUGCAAGAGGAAGUUUUUUUUACUGCUCAGUGGUUCCUGUGAUUCAGGACUCAGCUUGUUUUGUACUGUGCUCUCUUUGGAUCGCUGUCUGACAUCAACCCGACUUCACUCUGAGGAAAAAACCCAUCAUGCAGGAGUCAGAAACACAUCAAGAGUCUGAGAUGAAGCUGAAUUCUGUCUACCUGAGACGCAGGAACUGAGAAACGCUCAGCAGGUUGGGGAUAAAACCGACUGGUCGCAGAGAAACACCACGUUUUCUAUCCUGCGGACAGACGGAGAGAAGUUCCUGCACUCUGUAUGUCUGUAACUCAUAACAUUAAAGAAUUAGAUGAUUUUUUCAUUUACACUGAGAAACUGAACCUUCUGGUUUUGCUCUGAUGUCAUCGGACAAUGACGUAUUGUGGCAUGUAAUGUAAUAUUUUCUGCCUUUAAAACUGAAUUUGUCAGAAAACCUCUGGAUAAAAAAAGCUCAGAUUUCUUCUUUACUUUCGUUCACUUAUUUUUUACACGACUUCCUUAUGAACUUUCAGCAUUUUCACCGCAGUGGUGUUUGUUUUAUUUAUGGAUAAAUCUAUGGAUGAUGAACGUGAGCAUCUGUGAGCGGAGUUUUAACGGAAAUCAGCUGUGUAAAUUUAUUAAUCAUUUUUUUACUACAUAAAGAGAUUUUAAAGCCUUUGCACUGAAUAAAGUCUCGAGAUUAAAAAGUUUUCUGUAGCAUUGAACAAUUCCAGCUUUUUUAUAAUAUAUUUUUUGUUCUGGAGCCUCAUUUACAUUUUAUUGUGCACAAAGGAAACCUUUCUGUCUGAAAAGCCUUCAUGUUAAAAUAUCAGCUAAAGCUGUGAGCUGGUUUCAGAAAGGGACUUUUCCCUGAGAGUCAUGGGCCUUCAGGGUCCUGUUUAUCUGACAGUCGCUCAGUCAGAAGAGCAAGAGGAACCGAGGCCAUGGGGUAAGGAUCAGGGCCCAGUGGUGCUGACAGCCACAAAGCAGAUGUUCCAGAUGUGUGUUACGUCUGAUUCAUAAUAAAGUAGAAAUGCUGCCAGAGGUGUGUUAAUGCUGUAAAACUGGAUCAUUUUGAAAUUUACACACAGGCUUUGUAACGUGUAUACAGCAAUACAGUUGUACAUAAAAUAUAUAAAUAAAUCAUGUGAAAAAUUCUAAAUAAAUCAUUCAGUUUGAUUGAAAA